GCAAAGCACGUCCUUGUUUCUACCCCAAGUGUCAAGGAUGUCUCAUGACAGCAUGCAGUCGAAGCAUAUGCACGAACGCUGUCGCAACUCACGAGGCUCUCCGAAACCUCUCACAUCCCCUGAAUGCAAUCUUGCGAUCGUCAGGUGUCAAAUAUGGAUUGACCGUGAUCGCGUGGCAGCUGUGGCGCAGAAGCAGGUUCCGGAUUCGGCACGCUAGGGAGAUGGCUUUCUGGUUUCGCUGCACACCGCGAUUUGCUCAACGGUAUGGGAGAGCACAAGCUCAAGUAGAAAUCAAGGAAAUUCUUCUACAGCCGUUUGAUCGGAACGUGGAACGACACACUGGAAGCAGGCAUGUCUCAAGUAAUCUGCGUUCGAAGAUCCGUUUGACUUGUCGAAUUCGAGACACGAGGUGGCCGGAAGAGCCUCCUCCUAGACAGGUGCAGGGUCUCAUCAAAAUCGUCAACAAAAAUCAUUACAUCAUUCCCGCUAGAGUGGUGGCUUGAAAUUUGGCGCCUUCACUUUCCUCUUCUUUGGGCUGAACUGCCGAGCGAGAUGUACCUACACUCUCCGUUGUGCAUGAUACAAAAGGAGGCUGGCUGUACUCGUACGCAUCUCUAAGGAGACACAGUUGAGGAUAAGUGAUAGCGGGCAGCUGAAGAACAAAGGACGAGGAGACAAGGGUUCGCCGAGGACAGGAACAAGAGGAGCAUGAGGAUUUCGUCAUAAUCCUCCGGGUUGGAGGAAUCGCGGAAAGGAGACCGUCCAAGUCUUUUUCAUCACAGAGAAAUGAGCGUCUCCUAAAGGACUCGU